AUGGGCUCCACCACAACAAAUACCAUGCUCCCCCCAAACAACCCCAUCACUCCCUUCUGGCGCACCCAACUCGACCCGCUCGAUGACAUCCGGAGCACCCCCGACCUGCCCCCGCAAAGCGACAUCGCCAUCAUUGGCGGCGGCUACUCGGGCGUCACGCUAGCUUACUAUCUCCUCAAACAGCUCGCUGAGCAGGGUGACAAGACUACGACUAUUACGCUGCUCGAAGCGAGGCAGAUUUGCUCGGGCGCGACGGGUCGAAAUGGCGGCCAUCUCCGCCCCGACAUUUACGGUCACAUUCCCACCUACAUUGAGCGCUCCGGACUAGAAGCGGGUCUGGAGAUCGCGGAAUUCGAAUACGCGCAUAUCCAGGCGCUGAAAGAUCUUCUCCGCGAGGAGAACAUCGAUUGCGAUUUGAACAUUACCCGGAACAUGAAUGUGUAUCUGGAUGAAGAGUCGGCAGAGAAAGCCAAGCUCGCGUAUGAGAUGUUGCAGGCGAGGGGCGUCAAGUUGGCUGAGGACUUGCAUUAUACGGGGAAAAGGGAUGCGGAGGUGAUAUCAGGCGCCCACAACGCCAAAGCCUGCAUCUCCUACACAUCAGGCACACUCUGGCCCUACAAAUUCAUCCUGGGCCUACUAAGCAAAAUCAUCAAAUCCCCGCAACUAAACGUCCAAACCCACACCCCGGUGACAUCCAUCACUACAGAAGACAACAUCCACACAAUCUCCACUCCCCGCGGCAAUCUCCGCGCCGGGAAGAUCGUCUACGCGACGAACGCCUACACCGCCGGAUUACUCCCCGAGUAUUCGGCAAACAUCAUCCCCUGCAAGGGAAUAUGCUGCCAUAUCACGGUCCCCGAGGGAGAGGGCAAGAAACCCGCACCGUUCCUCCCUUACUCGUAUGCAAUCGGGUACGGAUCCGACGUUGUCGGCGGGGGCAGUUAUCUGAUUUCCAGACCGGAUGGAAGUAUUAUCGUGGGUGGAGCGCAAGCGACGUUCAAGAAUAAGCGGGAGGAAUGGUAUGGUAUUGUGGAUGAUACGACGUUGAUUGAGUCGGCGAAGAAUUACUAUGAUGGGUACAUGCAGCGUACGUUUCGAGGGUGGGAGGAUAGUGGGGCGUACGUGAAGGAGAUUUGGACAGGUGUUAUGGGCUACUCGGCCGACUCGCAUCCGCAUAUCGGCGAAGUUCCCAAUAAACCCGGCCAGUAUGUCUGUGCUGGGUUUAAUGGCCAUGGAAUGCCGGUGAUUCUGCUGUCCGCGAAAGGACUGGCGGAGAUGAUUCAGAAGGGGAAGAAGUUCGAGGAGACGGGAAUGCCACGGUUGUUUAAGACAAGUGUGGAGAGAAUGGAGAAGGCGAGGAAUGGGCCGGAGGGGGGAGAUAUUUUUGCAUAG